CUUUGUGUUCUCAUCGUCGAGUACUGCACAUCAUCCUCUGCUACUCAUUCUGGUCCGUCCCGCCUGCCGCGCCAUGGCCGUCCCCUCGCCAUCCCUUCGCUUCCACCUUUCCCUCAACCUCCAAAACACCAACCCCAAUCACUCAUCCCCCAGUCGCAAACCCCACCCCGCCCCGACCACUGAGACGCUCCGCCGCCGCCUCCUCCGCAAGGGCGUUUCCCCGACCCCCAAGAUCCUCCACGCCCUCCGCAAGAAGGAGGCCCUCAAGUCCCUCCGCCGCGCCAGGAAGGACACCGCUGCCGCUGCGGUCGCUCCGAGCGACGAGGCCCUUGACGCGGAUGAGGAGGCCAGCUUCCGCGCGGCCGCCGCCGAGUACCGCGCGCUCGUGGGGCGACCUUGGGACGGCGCCGCUCGCGGCGCGGCACCCCCGCGCGGGUCCUGCGGGGGCGAUGAGGAGGGACUCGAGGGCCUGCGGGAGAUGCUCUUGGCGAGGAGGGGCGACGGGUUCCGUUGGCUUCUGGAUGACGACCUCGAGGUGGCGGCAGCGGAGGGCAAGCAGAGACGUCUCGUCAGCGACCGGAGUGCGGAGACGGAGGAUGAAGAGAGGAGGAUUGAGUUGCUUGUGACGAGCUUGAAUGAAGAUGACCUAACUUCACGUGAUUGGAGGCUUACUAGAAUGAUGAGAAAAGCUGACAUCAUGUAUAAUGAAGAUAAUCUAUUAAGGAUACUAAAUGGGCUGGAGGCAAGAGGAAACUGGAGGCAGGCUCUAUCUAUUACUGAGUGGGUGUACAACGAAAAUAUCUACAGACAUAGAAAAAGCAGGUUCGUUUACACAAAGUUACUUUCAAUCCUUGGGAAAUCAUCGAGGGCAACUGAAGCACUUCGAGUUUUCACCAUUAUGCAGGGAGAUGCUCAAAUAUACCCUGAUAUGCCUGCAUACCAUAGUAUUGCUGUUACGCUUGGUCGAGCUGGUCUGCUGAAUGAGUUAAUCAAGAUUAUUGCGUGUAUGAGACAGAAGCCCUCAAAGAAGGUAAUGAAGAUGCGGCGCAAAGAUUGGGAUCCUUCCUUGGAGCCAGAUGUUCUCAUAUAUAACUCGGUGCUUAAUGCCUGUGUACUAUCACAGCAGUGGAAAGGGGUAUUUUGGGUGUUUCAGCAAAUGAGACUUAGUGGUUUGUCCCCUACAGGAGCAUCGUUUGGGUUGGCCAUGGAAGUCAUGCUUAAAGCCAAGAAGUAUGACUUUGUCCAGAAGUUCUAUGAGAAAAUGCAGAAAAAUGGGGUACCUCCAAGAGCAAUAACUUAUAAAGUGCUUGUAAGAGCUUUGUGGGAACAGAGAAAAAUAAAUGAAGCAGUUGAAGCAGUCACAGACAUGGAACAAAGAGGAAUUGUUGGAGCUGCAUGUGUUUACUAUGAACUAGCUUGCUGCCUCUGCAACAAUGGAAGAUGGAGAGAUGCUAUGUCACAGGUUCAGAAGCUGAAACAGCACCCUCUCACUAAACCACUGGAAUACACAUUUACUGGCAUGAUCUUAGCCUCAUUUGAUGGUGGGUAUAUCUAUGAGUGUAUUUCCAUAUUUGAGUCAAUGAAGGACCAAUGCACACCAAAUAUUGGGACAGUAAACGUCAUGUUAAAAGUGUAUGGACGCUGUGAUAUGUUUGGGAAGGCAAAGGACUUGUUUGAAACAACCAAGGCUUGUUUCUCUGGUUCUCAGACAUACGACCAUGAGCAUUCAUCAUUUAAAGCAGAUGCAUAUACAUACAGCUCUAUGCUUGAAGCAUCUGCGUCUGCCCAACAGUGGGAAUACUUUGAAUAUGUGUACAGAGAGAUGGCUCUCUCUCAUCACCAUCUAGCUCAAAGCAAAUAUUCAUGGUUGCUCAUCAAGGCAUCUAGAGCUGGAAAGCCUUAUUUGCUGGAGCAUGCACUUGACUUGAUACUUGAAAGAGGAGAAAUCCCUGAUGUACAGUUAUUCGCUGAAACCAUAUCCCAGUCUAUUGCUCGAAGAGAUUAUGGAAGGACGCUGCAGCUCCUGAAUGUUAUGUCAGAUGCUUCAAUAAGUGUGAAUGAACUACAAUGGUGCAACCUACUACAGAAUAAUGUGCAUCUAUUCAGCAUGGAUUCUCUAAAGGACCUUAUAAAGUACCUCAGUACUAGUGCUACCAUCAGUGCAGAUCCUGCACUAAGUUUUGUAAGAGCACUGAAGUCGCAAUGUGGGACAGCUUUAGUGAAGGGCACAUAUUUGCUGGCAGAUGAUACAAGUAAUAAACAGUGUGAAAUCUCGUUGCUCAAGAAUGCUUCAAGUAGCAGUCUGGCAGGACAGGAUCAGCUGACUUGCCAGAACUUGUGCUCUAAUAUACUUCUUGAUGUAGAAGGUAGCGGUGAGGUACCUGAUUCCGAUAGGGAUGCUCCUCAAUUAGGCGCCAGUGCUGUCAUGAGCAGAGAAAUUUCAUUCUGUGCUCCACGAUUGGAAAACAAACGUGAGCAAUGGAACCUUAGACGUUGGGGUACACAAGCAUCUGCAAUUGAUGAAGUACUUGAUUCCAUGAAUUCCUAUGGUCAUAGUUCGUACAGAGAGAUGCCAUCAUCAUCUGAAAUUCUUGAAUUAUGGGAGCAGGAGAGGAUAAACGACAUGUUUGCUCCUAAAACGGAGAGCAGAACCACUCCAAGAGGAUAAAUGAAAUGUUGGAUGAUAUUAUCUAAUAUGGGCAGUACAAUUUUUGCAUCAAUUACUGGCAGAAAUGUUUCCAGAUGCUGUUUGAAGUUUCGUAAGCUGGUUCAUGCAACUCUGGCUGCAACCAUGUUACCUGAAUGGUCAUCUGGACGCACUUAUCUGUGUGAUCAGAUUUCAUUAUCGAUGGUUCAUACUAUGAAAAAGCAAGGGUGUAGAUACAUACUUCUGAAUUCAGCACGGAGAAAUGUUGAUAUCAGAAACACUGUAACUUAUGCUCAGAAACAAAUGAUAAAACAGGUUCGAUCCACUGAAGCUCAGUUCUCAAUAAAAAAACACAUCUUAACCACGUGUUUGUGCGAGGUACGUUUGGUUCUUGUUCAGGCAAUUUGGCCUUCCGGAUGUUGUGUGGCAACCAGACGACAUGGUGUUCAUUGACUGGUGGGUGCGGACUAGCAACAAGUUCACCAAACUGUUGAAGUAUGGCUUUAAUUCGCUGGCUAUUCUUGGUGCUUGGCUCAUUUGGAAACACCACAACGAUUGUGUAUUCAAUAGGGAGACACCGAAUGUCCAGAAGGUCCUGCACUCAGCUGCUCACGAGGUCCAGCUUUGGUGCGCUGCAGGGGCCAAAGGGUUGUCACAGCUAGCUGUGGGUCAGGCAUGAUGUUCAGAGUAGCCUAUGUGGUCGUGCGCUUAAUUUGUUUGUGGCGUGUAAUGUAAAUCACUAGGGUUUGUGUUGUACUCAAACUUUCUUUCUAUUUUAAUGUAACGAUGUGCAACUCUCUAGCGUGUUCGAGGAAAAAAAAUCCUGAUACUUUUCCGUUC